AUGAAUGAUCUACUUCAUCGUUCCCUAAGUUCUAAAAAGAGCCGGCAAGUUUGCAGUUAUGCUAAGUGCCAAGUUCUUUUCAUCCUUGAUGGUUUGGAAAAAUGUGAACUUCCUCUGGACUUUGCACCAAACACAGACCUGACUGACGUGGAAGAGCCGGCCUCGAUGGAUGAACUGCUGACAAACCUCAUCAAGGGGAAUUUGCUUCCAUCUGCCCGUAUCUGGAUCAUCUCUCAACCUUUGGGGGUUGACAAGAUUCCUCCUGAAUAUAUCCAGAGAGUGACAGAAUGCAGAGAGACCUUGGAGCGACGGAAGAAGCUGAUAUCGGCCCUCCAAAAAAAAUUUAGAGAAACCAUUGAAGAUGAAGACCUAAAUCAUUCCAACCAGACAAACACCGAACACGUCAUGAGAGAACUAACAAAGAGUGAAACCACUGAUGAAGAGAAAAAUGAAAGUGCUGCGGCAACAGCAGUGACUCAAGUAAAUGUGGUAUCUGAUAUAUUCAAGGAUAGCAGGGGAAAAAAGACAAGGAAUGUUCUGACUGUUGGUGUGGCGGGUAUUGGAAAAACAUUCAAUGUGGAGAGAUUUAUAAAAAAGUGGGCCGACAACAAGUCAGUUCUCACUUGGCUAGCAGAUACAGCAAGGUCCUUCAUGGGCACAUCCAAAAAUGAUCAAGUUAUAUUUCCUCUUAACCUGUCGAAGCUUAACUUGAUAAGAAAAGAAAAAAUCAGCCUGUUGGAGCUACUCAAUCAUUUCUUCGAGGAAACUAAAGAAAUAGUCAUCUCAAACUUUAAUCAGCUCAAAGUCCUAUUUGUCCUGGAUGGACUGGAUGCUCUUGAACCCGCUCUUGACUUUGAGAACAACGACAACAAUCAACCAGUUGAGGAUGUCCAGCAGUCAGCCUCAGUGGAUGUGCUGUUGACAAACCUCAUCAGAGGAACUCUGCUUCCUUCUGCACAACUCUGGAUCACCUCCAGACCUCCAGAAGCCUCCAAGCUGCCUCAUGCCUGUGUGGACAGGCAGACUGAGAUAAGAUAUAAGCCUGAUCUUGCAAGUCAAUGGUCAGUCAAAUCUCAGCUGAAGGAGCAGUUUACCCAUGUGACCAUGGGUAUGGACAUGCAGAAAACCUCCGCUCUUCUGAACGACAUCUACACAGAUCUCUACAUCAUUGAGGGGGAGAGAGGAGAGGUUGAAAUGCAGCAUGAGGCCAGACAGAUUGAUGGUGCAAAAUUCAAACCACAAGAAACUUCCAUUAAGUAUAACGCUAUCUUUGAUGCAUCAUCAGGAAAAAGUAAACAGAUCAAAUCUGUGCUAACGACUGGAAUGGCAGGCAUCGGAAAGUCAUUUGCAACAAUGAAAUACAUGCUGGACUGGGCUGAGGACAAGUCACACACAGACAUCUUUUUCAUGUUCCCACUUUCUUUCCGAGAGCUGAAUUUGAGAAAAGGUGACGAGCACAGCUUAGAGGAACUUAUUUUCAGCUUCUUUCCGGGAAUGAAGACGUCAGAAAUAAAAGACUAUGACAAGUACAAGAUCCUGAUUGUCCUGGAUGGUUUUGAUGAGUGUCGCCUUGAUGUUGACUUCAGUGAAAGUGAGUACUGUAGGGAUGUGGAAAAGCAAACAUCAGUGAAGGUCCUGCUGGCAAACCUUAUCAAAGGCAAUCUGCUUUCUAAAGCCCAAAUCUGGAUCACAUCCCGACCUGCAGCAUCCAACAGUAUCCCUGCUGAUAAAGUUGACCGGGUUACAGAGGUGCGAGGCUUCAAUGAUGACCAGAAAGAAGAAUACUUCAGGAAGAGAUUCGAUGACAAGGAACUUGCUGAGAAAAUCUUGUCACAUGUCAAGAAUUCAAGAACUGUUUACAUCAUGUGUCACAUCCCUGUGUUCUGUUGGCUCACAUCAAAAGUUCUGGAGGAUUUUGUGGAAAGAAAAGAAGAAGGAAAGAUGCCCAGCACGCUGACUGACAUGUACAUACACUUCCUUUUGUUACAAUGCAGGCAGGCGAAUGUGAAGUAUGGCACAGGUGAGACGAGUGAGAAUUCUGAGCCUGAUUCAUGCUGGAACCAGAGAAACAAGACAACGGCUGUUUCUCUGGGGAAGUUGGCUUUUGAAGGACUGGAGAAGGGAGACCUUGUCUUCACUGAGGAAACUUUGACAGAGUGUGGUGUCAACAUCACAGAAGCUGCAGUCUUCUCUGGUGUUUUUACCCAAAUCAAACGAGAAGACUCUGGGCUCUACCAGCAGAAACUCUUCUGCUUUGCUCAUAUGAGCAUUCAAGAGUUCAUGGCUGCUUUUUAUGUGUUUCACACAUUCAACAACGAAGCUGUUAAUCUGCUGACAAAACCCCCUUCAACAGUCACAGACAAGCCUGAUUUCUACAAGACAGCAGUAGACAGAGCCUUAGGUAGCAAAAAUGGAGACUGGGAUCUUUUCCUCCGCUUCCUUCUUGGCAUUUCUCUGGAGACAAACCAGACUCUCCUGAAAGAUCUGUUAAAGCAGACAGAAAACAGCAAAGAGACCAAUCAGGAAACCAUUGCCUACAUCAAAGAAAAGAUCAGAGAAGAGAAAAGUGAUGCUGAUCAGAAUUUCAAUCUUUUUCACUGCCUGAAUGAGCUGAAUGACCAGUCUCUGGUGGAAGAAGUCAAAAUGUACCUGCGCUCUGAAACAGUCACAUUUGAGAACUUCUCCACAUCCCAGUGGUCAGCUCUUACCUUUGUUCUGCUGACUUCAGAUGAAAACCUUGAUGUGUUUGAUCUGAAAAAGUACAGAAAGUCAGAGAAAGUACUUCUUGGGAUGCUGCCGGUGGUCAAAGUCGCCAAAACUGCUUUGCUGAGUUGGUGUGAGCUCACUGAAGAAUCCUGCAACGGUCUCCUCUCUUCAGUCCUCACCGCUGCAUCCUCAAAUCUCACCGAGCUUGACCUGAGUCAUAACGACCUGAAGGAUUCUGGUGUGAAGUUUAUAGCUGAUGGCCUGAAGAGUUUACACUGUAAGCUGGAGACUCUCAAACUGUCUGGCUGUCAGGUGACAGAGGAAGGCUGCUCAUACUUGGCCUCAGCACUCAGGUCCAACACGGCCUCCUCCCUGAAACACCUCGAUCUAAGUUACAACCAUCCAGGAGCCAAGGGGGCAGCGAUGCUCUCUGCUAUAGCUGAGGAUCCAGAUACAAACCUGAAGACAGUCUGCUUUGACUUCUGUGGAGAGCAUCGUUUAAAACCGGGGAUAAAGAAAUAUGAUGGAUGUCUGAAACUUGAUGAAAACACAGCAAGCAGGAGGCUCGUUCUGUCUGAUGGACACAGGAAAGUGAGAACUGUGAAGAAGGUGGAGGAAAAGGUGCAACGAGAAGAAAAUGAGGAAAGGUUCAAGAGGUCUCAGGUGUUUUGUGAAGAGGGCCAGCAGGGUCUCUGCUACUGGGAGGUGGAGUGGAAAGGGACUGUCGGCAUUGCAGUGGGUUAUAAAGAAGUGGGAAGGAAAUGGGACAGGAAGUGUGGUUUGGGAUGCAAUGACAUGUCCUGGAGUCUGCUCUGCUCAAAGGGUGGAUACACUGCCAUACAUGGGACAACAUCCAAACAUAUUAAUGAACCAUUUUCCCAGAAAAUAGCAGUGUUUCUGGAUCAGAAAGCUGGUACUCUGACUUAUUACAGUGACAUUUCAGGAGAGCUGAGCCCCAUACACACCUUCAAAGCCAAAUUUAAACAACCAGUCUAUCCAGGCUUCUGGUUUAAGAGGGGUUGUGCCACUCUGUGUGAGAUAGAUAAAACCCCUCUGCGAUGGAGUGAAAUCAAGCCUCAACAGCCAGAGCAGAAGAAAAAAAGCAGAAGCCAAAGUUGCAAAAUUCACAGUCCCUCAAAAAGGCAACUUGAAGAGCUCCAAAAGUGAGUCACAAACGUGCAGCAAACACACUUAAAGAAAGGUGCAAAACACCCCAGCACCCUAAGAAUAGAGCACUUGGGACUGGUCUGCAGCCCCAUACAUACUUACAUAUGUCUAUUUUGACAACAGAAAUAAUCAUGUUUACAGCCUGGUUCAAGAUUGAAUUUGCUCCAGAUAGCUCAUGAUGUGAUUGGUACACACUGCACAGGUACUG